AAUAUUUCUCUUUUAAAACUAAAUACUCAUUUUAUGAAAAUCUUCGAGAAGCUGAGAGUACAUUAUGUCAAUCAAUACCGUUUCUAUCGAUUAUUUCCGAUGGAGGUUAUGAUGAAUUUUGUUACAAUGAUUCGAAAACAUUUAACAAUCGUUCUUAUAAUGUUUAUGAUAUCUGUCAUUCAGAAAAUCGAUGUAUUUCCGCUUAUAGAAUCCGAGAUGGAAUUUAUAAUUGUCUUAAUAGAAACGAUGAAGAAGAAGAAGAAGACAAUGAAAUCGUUUUAAAAACAUGUUCUACUGCUCGAUAUCAUCGCUUUCGAUGUUCAACAGAUGAAACCACUUGUCUAUAUGCAAAUAUGCUUGGUGACGGCAAAUAUCAUUGUAAAAAUAAAUAUGAUGAAUCUUGGAUGGGUAUUCAUAUUUUAUUAUCCAGAUUAAAUUGUACGCAUCAAUUCAAAGAUGAUUGUCAAUUAUUUCGUCGAUAUAUUGAAUUAUCUUGGAAAUUAAAUGUAACAAAUGAUUCUAAUCGAGAAAAUUUAGUAACUAAACAAAUUCCUUUUCGAUCUUAUUGUGAUACAUUUUGGGAUUUGGCAUCGAAAGAAGAUGAAAAUAUAACAAUGUGUCGAUUAGUAUGGAUAUGUCCAAAAGAACAAUGGAGAUGUUCUUCAGGACAAUGUAUUGACAUUCUUUGGGUAUUAGAUGGAGAAUGGGAUUGUCCGGAUGCUUCAGAUGAAGAAAAUAUAUUUCAUUCUGAUUCUUAUCAUAAAGAAACUUUUGAUUUCAAAGAAAAAUUUCAAGAUCAAUAUGCACGACAACCAUUUGAUAAUAUUUGUAAUUUAACAAUUGAAUAUCCAUGUUUACCAAUUAAUAUAUCCGAAUAUUCAAAUAAUAUGAGACCUUGUAUAGAUUUCAAAUUAAUUGGUAAUGGACAAAUCGAUUGUAUAGGUGGAUACGAUGAACGUAAUGUUCUUGAACAUUGUUCUCGAUCAGGUACUUCACUUGGAUAUGAUUUUAAGUGUGUAUCAAGUAAUACUUGUAUAUCUUAUGAAAAAAUUUGUAAAGAUCGAUGUUUACACGAUGAAGAUGAUGCUCUAUGGUGUAAUGCAUAUCAAAUAUCUGACAAAGAUCCUGAGUUAGUAUUUUUUCAAUGUUUGAAUAAUUCAUAUGAAUGGAAUCGUCAAUGUGAUCAUAUAUAUGAUUGUUCUAAUGGUGAAGAUGAAUAUAUGUGCGAUCGAAAACAAUUUCAAGAGAUUAUUUAUCGAAAGCAAAAAGAACUUUCUUUGAAAACAAAGAAACAUAUUGUUCAUCUACCACAAUUUCCUAACGAUACAAAUAUUAAGAAAAUUAUCAACACAUUGAAUGUUAAAUCAUCAAAUUUGGUUUCGAAAAAUACUAUUUAUAUUCCUUAUUGGUGUAAUCGUGGUAUUGGUAUGUUAAUGUCAAAUAAUUCGAUAGUAUGUUUUUGUCCACCUCAAUAUCACGGUGAUCAAUGUCAAUAUCAUACAGAUCGAAUAAGUGUUAUUUUACAUUUAAAUUUCACUCAAUCAAUAUAUGUAACAUCAAUUGAUAGAACUAUUUUAAUUAAAGUUUUGAUUAUUUUCUUAUUCGAAAAUCAAGUUUUGAAUAUUGAUGAAUUUCAUGUUCGACCAGUUGUAGAAAUGAAUGUUUAUAAAAAACGACAAAUGUAUUUUUAUUAUUCUCGAUCUCCUGAAUUAAUUAAACAUAAACAAAAACGUUAUUUUAAUCGAUCAAAUAUUAUUAAUGAACAUCCAUAUUCAAUUCGUAUUGAAGCUUAUCAACUGAAAUUCAAUCGAAAACCAAAACGAUUUGCUGUUUGGCAAUAUUCAAUCUAUUUUGAUUUUUUACCAGUUUAUCGUUUCGUAAAAGUUCUUCAUUUAACAAAACCAAAUCCAUGUAAAGAUCAUUCUUGCAAUUCAAAUCAAGAAUGUUUUCAACUUCUCAAUCAAAAAUCACAAUAUAUUUGUCUUUGUAAAAGUAACUAUUCAGGUAUAAAUUGUUCAGAUUUUCAUCCAAUAUGUAAUACAAGUUAUUGUUCAUCAAAUUCUCUUUGCAAACCAACUUAUCGAGGUCUUAUAAAUGAUAAUGAAUUACCUUAUUGUAUCUGUCCGAUGAAUUCUUUUGGUCAUCAAUGUCGAUUAUUUCAUAUAUCACAAAAUCUAUGUAGAAAUGGUGGAACAUUUUAUCAAGGAUCAACACCUGAUGAAUACAAUUGUGAAUGUACUUCAGAAUACACAGGACCAAAUUGUAAUCAAACGAAACAAUCAAUUCGUUUAUAUAUUAAUAAAGUAAAUGAUGAUCAAGAUUAUCAAGGAUUUGUUAUUCAAUAUUAUCAUAUUGAUUUCAAUUCAUUUGAACUUAUUCUUGUCAAUCAAAGUGUUUAUUCAUAUCUUCCUGAUUCAUUACUUUAUUUACAUAACGAACAAAAUGCACCUGAAAUUAUAUUACUUAAACGUUAUAAUCGAUUUCAUCAGAGUGAAAUCUAUAUAAUUUCAUUGCAUUUAAAUGUUAGUUCGAUUGAAGGUACAACAUCAAUAACAGAACAAAAUCGAUGCUUAUCUCAUCGUUCCAUGUCACAAUUAAAAAUUUCUGUAUUUGAAUAUCAUUAUCUUUGUCGUAAUAAUCAUAGUCUAUUCUGUUUUUAUGAUGAUAAUUAUCUAUGUAUAUGUGAUGAAAAUCAUAUUCGUGUCGAAUGUUUUAGUUAUAACAAUGCUCGUGAUCGUUGUUUUCAUUGUUUAUCCAAUGGUGUUUGUUUAAAAGGUGAGCAAAAUGAAUUUUUAUGUAUUUGUCCUGUAUGUUAUGCAGGAAAAAGAUGUCAAUUUAAUUUUGAAUCAUUUUCUUUUACACUUGAUCAAUUAUUUUUUCACGAUCUUUUAUCUUAUAAACCAAUUAUACGACAAAUAACAUUCUACACACUUGUUAUCACACCUUGCCUUCUAUUUCUAUUGGGUUUAUUCAAUAAUAUCUGUUGUUUUCUUACAUUUCGUCGACCAAAAUGUCGUCGUAACGGAAUUGGAAUGUAUUUAUCAUAUAUAACUUUAAUUAAUCAAUUAAACUUGUCGAUUCUUGUUAUUCGUCUUAUUCAUUUAACAUUGAAUAUAUCUGAUUUCUAUUCUAAUCCAAUAUUCGAUAAUUUCAUUUGUAAAAUCUCGAAUUAUUUGUUAUCUUCGACUACUCGUAUUAUUUAUUGGUUAAAUUCACUCAUAGCAAUCGAACGUGUUUGUGUUGUUUUAUUUUUAAACAAAAAUUGGUUGAAACAGAAAUACAUUGCUCGACGUUUUAUCAUAUGUAUAACAAUGUGUAUUUUAGUCAUCAAUGCUUAUGAACUUGUUUUUAUUCAAUCGGAAAUUCGUGUUAAUGAGGAAAACAGUACAGUAUGUGUAUUAAACUUUUCAUUAAAUAAUCAUUUAUGGAAAAUUUUACAUAAAAUUGUUACUAUUAUCAAUGCAUUGCUACCAUUUCUUAUUAAUUUAUGUUGUACUAUUAUGAUUAUAUACAUUUCAACAAAGAACAAAAUGAAUAUUCAUAGAAAACACACAGAUAAUCAAUUGACAAAUACUAAAAUCAUUGAUAGUCAAGAAGAUGAUAGUGUUGUUAUGAGAAAUAUCGAAAGAAAUGAAAAUGAUAUUAAUAUUGAUUUCAAUCGUUCAAGUCAAAAUAUCAAUGAUAUUGAUUUACACACACGACGAUCACAAAUGAAAACAUCAAAUCGUUUUCAUUUAUUAAUUAAUGUAUUAAUCGAAAAAAAAGAGUUAAUUAUAGCACCAGCAUUUACUCUUAUUCCUCAAAUAUUUUCAUUACCAUUCUUUAUUGCUUCAUUUUCACUUCAAUGUAAAAAUAUUCAAAGUCAUCAUUUACGAUAUGUUUUAAUUGGAUCCUAUUUUACAACAUUUAUUCCUCAACUGACGAGUUUCUUUCUUUAUAUUGCACCAUCAUCGUAUUAUUCGAAAGAAUGGCGUACAACGUUUAUUGGACAACGAAUUAAUAUCUGCAAAUAG